AGUUUUAACUCUAUACUCGCUCACAGAGAAAGACCUCAAUUUAGUGGGCGGCAAAGUGCAAUUUCUAGUCUCUCUUUCUACUGUGAAAUCUUUCUCUCUCUCUCUCUCUCAACUUUCUUUUUCUUGAAUCUCUUUCUUUUGCUUCCAUCAAUCCCAUUGGUUUUUCUCUAUCUGCUUUUUUACUUUCUUUGACUUUCUCUCCCUCCUUCUCUUUCUCUCUCAUUGAUUCAUUAAGCAAAAUUUUAUUUUUUUCAUUCAUUUUGUGAAUACCCCAUUUGGAUUUGGAGGCAAAAGGAGAGAGAGCUUUUGAAGUGGGUGUGAGCCAUGGCAGCUCCAGCUCCAAAACCAGAAGAGAUAAGCCACCCAGCAAUGGACCAACUUCAAGGCUUGGAAUACUGUAUUGACUCGAACCCAUCUUGGGGGGAGGCAAUAGCUUUGGGUUUCCAGCACUACAUUUUGGCCUUAGGAACUGCUGUAAUGAUCCCAUCAUUCCUUGUUCCGCUCAUGGGUGGCACUAAUGGUGACAAAGUGAGGGUGGUACAGACUCUACUCUUUGUUGAAGGGAUUAACACACUAAUACAAACACUGUUUGGGACUCGAUUGCCAACCGUGAUUGGAGGGUCUUAUGCAUUCAUGGUCCCCAUUAUUUCUAUCAUUCACGACUCGUCCUUGGCGAGUAUUGAUGAUCCUCAUCUGAGAUUUCUCAAUACCAUGAGGGCAGUCCAAGGUGCUCUGAUAGUAGCAUCAAGCAUUCAAAUUAUUUUGGGAUUUAGUCAGCUGUGGGCCAUCUGUUCCAGGUUCUUCAGCCCUCUAGGAAUGGUUCCAGUGAUUGCACUAGUGGGUUUUGGUCUGUUUGAUAGAGGCUUCCCUGUGGUUGGACGUUGCGUGGAAAUUGGCAUUCCCAUGUUUAUCCUAUUUAUAGUCUUCUCCCAGUACUUAAAAAAUUUUCAGGCAAAGAAACUGCCAAUACUGGAGCGGUUUGCUCUCCUCAUAUCAAUCACUGUUAUAUGGGCAUAUGCACACCUCUUGACAGCCAGUGGCGCAUACAGACAUCGACCAGAUUUAACACAAAUUAACUGCCGAACUGACAAGGCGAAUCUCAUUUCUUCUGCUCCAUGGAUCAAGAUCCCAUACCCUCUUCAGUGGGGUGCUCCUACCUUUGAUGCUGGUCAUGCUUUUGGAAUGAUGGCUGCCACUAUAGUUUCAUUGAUUGAGUCAACGGGAGCUUACAAGGCUGCAUCACGUCUAGCAAGCGCAACCCCACCUCCAGCUCAUGUUCUUAGCCGUGGUAUUGGCUGGCAGGGAAUUGGGAUUCUGCUGAGUGGACUCUUUGGAACUUUGACUGGUUCAACAGUCUCUGUAGAAAAUGUAGGACUUCUUGGAAGCACUCGCGUUGGAAGUCGCAGGGUUAUCCAAAUCUCAGCUGGUUUUAUGAUAUUUUUCUCUAUGUUAGGAAAAUUCGGUGCUUUGUUUGCGUCAAUACCCUUCACUAUAUUUGCUGCUGUAUAUUGCGUUUUGUUUGGUCUUGUUGCUUCGGUGGGGCUGUCAUUUUUGCAAUUCACAAAUAUGAACUCGAUGAGGAACCUGUUUAUCACUGGUGUUGCCUUCUUCUUGGGUUUGUCUGUUCCAGAGUAUUUUAGAGAAUACACAGCCAAGGCUCUUCAUGGUCCUGCUCAUACCAGAGCUGGAUGGUUCAAUGAUUUCCUUAAUACCAUCUUCUUCUCAUCCCCAACUGUUGCAUUGAUUGUUGCAAUUUUCUUGGACAACACACUUGACUACAAGGAAAGUGCUAGAGAUAGAGGAAUGCCAUGGUGGGUUAAAUUUCGGACAUUUAAGGGGGACAGCCGUAAUGAGGAGUUCUACACCCUCCCUUUCAAUCUCAACCGUUUCUUCCCUCCAAAUUGAAGUAAUGCCAUUAAAAAAAAAAAAAAAAAAAUGAAAGAUGUUAGAGGAAAAGCAUCAUUUCCAUAUAAGGAUUAUAUGACGA